CUCAGCAAGCAACCUGUUUCAUUCAUUCAUCAUCAAAGCAAGCGAGCAGUUAGUCUCCUUCAAAGUCUUCACUCUCACAUAGAUUAUUAUUAUUAGCACUCUCUUAUUCCUUCCACUAUAUAAAUAAACCCCAGCCCUCGAUCUCCCUCGUGUUUCCUUCCACAAAUCAGCUUCCCAGAAACCAAACACACUCUCUCUCUUAACUCCUUACUGGGUUUCAACCAACAGCUACACCAUCAUCGGAUCAGAUAUGUCUCUCAUCUCACAACUCUACCCCACCGCUGCCGCCGCCGCCGCCGCCGUCGACUCCUCACAACUCCUCCCCCAACAAGGCUCCUCGUCAUCCCUUCCCCGACACCAGGAGAAAGUGAAACCAGCGCCGCGGCGAAGGAGAAAGAAGAACAAAGAUGGGUCGGGUUCGUCGUCGGCUAGCGGGUGGCCGAAGAAGAGGAAGCUGAGCGACGAGCAGGUGACGAUGCUGGAGCUGAGCUUCGGCAACGAGCACAAGCUGGAGUCCGACCGCAAGGACAGGCUGGCGGCGGAGCUGGGGCUGGACCCGCGCCAGGUGGCGGUCUGGUUCCAGAACCGGCGGGCCCGAUGGAAGAACAAGAAGCUGGAGGAGGAAUACUCCAAGCUCAAAGCCGCUCACGACCGCAACGUUCUUGAUAAAUGCCGCCUUGAGUCCGAGGUAGUUUUGAAGCUGAAAGUGCAACUAUCGGAGGCCGAGAAGGAGGUCCAGCGGCUGUCGGACGUGGCGGCGGGCAGCAACAGUCCAAGCUCGUCGAUGACCAUGGAAGCCAAGGAAUAUCCGCCGUCGUCGGCGCCGGCAUUUUUUGAAGAUGGGGGAGCAUUUGGAGUUGUUGAGAGCUAUGAAGAUGUGUUCUACAACAUGGCGCCGGAGGCGACUUACGUUGUCAACGGGAUGGAAUGGAUGUACAUGUGAAAUUAUAUUAAUACGAUCUCAUCAGGAAAAAAAAAACCCCGAGAUUGAUUAUUAACGUAAUUAACUAUCAUUAGUAAUUAGUGUUAAUUAAAUGUUUCUAGGAUCUAUAUAUAUCAUUGUAUAUAUAGCUAAGUUAGCUACCAACCAAGUACUGAUCAUGAUGUAGAUGCUCUCUCUCUCUCUCUCUCUCUAUCAUGUAAGUGUUCUCUAUCUCUCUCUCUCUCUCUCUCUCUCUCUCUCUCUCUCCUCGAUCGUACU